UUCAAAUUUGCAUGCAUACAUUAUACAUGGUACUAAGUCUUAGAAUCAAAAGCCAGAGAGAGAGAGAGAGAGAGAGAGGGCAGAAAAGAUGGGGUACAAUUCAUUCCUAAGAAGCCCAAAGAAAGAAGAACAAGAGGUGCCAGACACCGUUCUUAGCAAAACCACCGACACAGAAGAUGCUAAUUUUGAAGAUGAAGAACUCGAUAUCAUGAAUGACUUGGAGGGCUUUUUGGGUUUCGAAGAUGAUGAACAAUUACCACAGGACAUCAAGAAGUAUGAUCAACUUGAUUGGAAUUUCAUGGAUUGGGAAGAAUUCCCAAAUAGAGAAGGAGAAGAAGAAGAAGAGCAGAAAGUGUUUGAGAACACAAAACAAUGCUUUUUUAAAGAAGAAGAAGAAGAAGAAAGCUACUAUGGCAGCAAGGUUAUAAAGAGAGAAAAUGUUGGGUUUUGCGAUGAUGAUGAGAAGAGUUCAUCAUUGAAUUUGAACUUGAAUUAUGAGGAAGUCUUGGAUGCAUGGUCCAACCGGGGAUCUCUUUGGGCCGAUAAUUGUUCUCCUUCCUUGGCGAGCAAUGGCUACUAUAUGGGAGAGGUGCCUGUUAUGGAAGAAGAGAGAACAAAAAGGGAAGCAAGUGUUUUAAGGUACAAGGAGAAGCGCCAGACUAGAUUGUUCUCCAAGAAGAUAAGAUACCAAGUUCGCAAACUCAAUGCAGAUAAAAGACCUAGACUCAAGGGUCGAUUUGUGAAGAGGGUUUCUUGACUAAUUACUCGUGUUUAAAAUAUCUCGCAAAAUAUCUGUUUGGAUUUGUUCUGGCAUAUGCUUUGAUUUGUCUCUGUCUCAAUGAAAAUAUCUCUCUUUAUUCAGAAUUCGGACUUUUUGUUCACUUCUUAUUGAACUUGUAUAGUGGACUUGAGGUCCAUCAUGCAAAAACUGACCCUAUUUCUUAAUAGUUAGCAUCGCAUGGUCUAUCCGGGGCCUUUUGUGAUGGACGGAUUACAAUCCUUUAGAAACACUUCUCCAUCAAUCAAACGGUCGACUUUCAUAGGAAUUAAAGUUAAGGCAAUAAGAUGUGAGGUGUAUUGAUCCUGUGUAGUGGUCCUAACCGAUGUGCAUCACCAAUUUAUUUAUUUAUUUUUUACCGAA